UGCAGCUUUCUGUUCAAAUUUUUUUCUGAUUGCUAACUGGAGGUACUACCUCUAGAGUAAAUGAACAUUUGCUGAGAAAGUGAAGGACAAAAAGCCUCAAAAAAGGCUUCUGGAGGCACAAGAAUGUGGCACAAAAUUCAGAUAUUGCUCUUAUAUUGCAUUGUCAGUGAAGUUUCGAUGGCAAAACGUCCUGAUGCUAGAAGAAAUUUCCCCCAAGGACUUUACUCUGUAAAAGAUAGUGGUUCUGCUAAGUGGAGCAGGAUGAAAAGGAGUCUGUAUCAGGGAAAUUCCUGCAGGAUACGAGGCUGUUGCACAGGAAGAGAUGAUGACUGCAGCUUUACCAUUAUCUCCAGAGGAGCUAUAUGUUACUGUGACCAGUACUGCACCUCGGGCUCUCCUGGGCCUGUAGACUGCUGCACUGACUACUGGGAUGUCUGCAACCGCCCCGUGGAGCCCACCAGGUCAGAGGAGCCUUGGCCGCCUCCAGCAUGGGGUUGUUAUAAAGAUGGCCGAUAUUACGGAGAAGGAGCAAUAAUUAAAGACAACUGCAAUUCCUGCAAGUGUUUCAACAGUCUCUGGAAAUGUUCAACAGACGUAUGCCUUGUUCGCCAAGACUUAAUUCAGCACAUCAAUUCUGGAGAUUUUGGAUGGAAAGCUGACAACUACAGUCAGUUCUGGGGAAUGACAGUGGAAGAAGGUUUCAAAAAGCGCCUGGGCACUUUCCCUCCAUCUCAUUCUUUGCUGAAUAUGAGAGAAGCUCCUGGAAAGUCACUUCCAGAAGAAAAGUUUCCUGCAAUCUUUUCAGCCAUUUAUGAAUGGCCUGACUGGAUUCAUGAUCCUUUGGAUCAGCGAAACUGUGGAGCAUCCUGGGCUUUUUCAACCGCAAGUGUUGCAGCAGAUAGAAUAGCAAUUCAUUCAAAGGGUCAGAUCACAGACAACCUUUCCGCUCAGAACUUGAUCUCUUGUGAUACCAGGAAUCAACAUGGAUGUAAUGGUGGAAGUAUUGAUGGUGCCUGGAGAUAUCUGAAAACACAUGGGGUUGUAUCAUAUGCUUGUUAUCCAUCAUUUUGGAACAAACACCUGGGGCCAUCAGCUGAAAAUCAGUGUUAUGUGUCAAGUGAAUAUGGAAAAAACCAUACAAAUGGACCAUGUCCCAAUGCUUUUGAAAAAUCCAAUCGGUUAUACCGGUGUGCCUCUCACUACAGGGUGUCCUCAAAAGAAACUGAUAUAAUGAAAGAAAUUAAGGACAGAGGACCAGUGCAAGCUAUAAUGAAAGUGUACGAAGAUUUUUUCCUUUACAAAGAGGGAAUAUAUCGACACUCCCAGAAAGCGGGAUCCAAAUGGAAAACUCAUUCAGUCAAACUCCUUGGGUGGGGAGCAUUACCUGACAAAAAUGGACAGAAACAGAAGUUUUGGAUUGCUGCAAAUUCCUGGGGAAAAUCCUGGGGAGAAAAUGGUUAUUUUAGGAUUCUUCGUGGACAAAAUGAGUGUGAUAUUGAGAAGCUGAUUUUAGCUACUUUGGGACAACCAUAGUUUAUCUAUCUGCUUGAUUUAUCUAUUUUUUCCAUUGUUGUAUAUUGAGUCUUUAUGGGGAAAAAAAUGUUGUCCUCUCUAAGUUACCUUUCUAUUAGCCCUCAUGAGGUCUGCCUGACUUGAACACACUGCAGACAUCAUAGCACUCUUGGAUCUCACCUGGUACAAAAAACCCUUUAGACUAAAAUCAUUACUACUGAAAACCUUGAUGUCUCACAGAGCAGGAAGUUCCCUCCUCAUUGAACAAUGCCUGAAAAAAAUGGAGUUACAGUGUUAGCAUUAAUCUGUUUACAAUAUAUAUACUCUGACCAGAAAUUAUUUCAGAAAUAUUAGGUGCUCUUCCAAACAAAAUUGGCCCAGACAGCUCAUGGUCAUACUGGAUAAUAAAUUCCAAAGAAAUGUAAGUAGUUCUGAUCGUGUAGUUGAAGAAUUAUUUCCUAUACACCUUUACUUAAAACUAAGUAGAUAAAUUGUGUCUAUGUAUCAAUAUCUCAUCCAGGAAAUUAAUUUUUUUCUAGUAGAUCCCACAAAGUUGAUGCAGUCAUUGUAAUACAAAAAUAACUUGCAAUGAAAGAGUGUGUUCUGGUUCCUGCAACCACAACCAAAAUGGUACAAUUUUAAUAAUGUUUUAAUUAAAAUAAAAUAAAGAAAAAGAUAAGAAAAUAUAAUUUCUUCUCACUUCA